ACAUUCUAUACACAGAAACAUGCUGUAUAAGAAGCACAAGAAUUUCAGAGCAAAAAGAAUCUCUGCCUGCAGUUGCACACAAAGACCUGGAGGAGGAAACUCCCACGUCCUCGAGGAGAAGAAAGGAGGCGGCGAAGCAGAUUAAAGGAACUUGUGGCUCGUGGCCCUUUUGCGCCAGGGCUGCCUGGACCUGGACCGGGGGAAAGUGAGUGUCAAGCCACAGUGGCGGUGCAUGGGCUGUGAGAUGAGGCGCUGCCGCCGCCGCUGCUGCUGCUGCCGCUACUGCUGCUGCUGACACUCAGGUUCCCGGGUCCGUCCGCUGCCCUUUGUGCUUCGUGUACAUGUGUCUAUUCAGCGCAUCCGGAGGCGCCCAGCAGAGAAUCCAACACGGCCGCCGGGGAGAGACCACCCACCAUGCCCACGGAGACCCUACAGACAGGUAGCAUGGUGAAGCCGGUCAGCCCCGCGGGCACCUUCACCUCGGCGGUGCCCCUGCGCAUCCUCAACAAGGGGCCCGACUACUUCCGCAGGCAGGCGGAGCCGAACCCCAAAAGACUCAGCGCCGUGGAGAGGCUGGAGGCCGACAAGGCCAAGUAUGUCAAGAGCCAGGAGGUCAUCAACGCCAAGCAGGAGCCCGUGAAGCCGGCCGUGCUGGCCAAGCCCCCAGUGUGCCCCGGCGCCAAGCGCGCGCUGGGCAGCCCCACGCUCCGUGUGUUCGGGCCCAACGCCAAGACCGAGAGCGGCGUGCACAGGGAGACCCUGAAGCUCGAGAUCCUGAAGAACAUCAUCAACAGCUCGGAAGGCUCCAGCUCCGGCUCCGGGCACAAGCACAGCUCCCGCAACUGGCCUCCGCACCGGCCCGAUGCCACCGACCUGCACCGACACUCCUUCGCCGAGUCCCUGAAGGUCUACCCGACGCAGGGCCGGGGCAGCCCGCAGGAGAGCAGCUCCCACGUGGGCAGGAGGCUGCUGGAGCAGACCGCCGAGUCCUUCCUGCACGUCUCCCACAGCUCCUCGGACAUCCGCAAAGUGACCAGUGUGAAGCCCCUGAAGGCGAUCCCCUGCAGUAGUUCCGCCCCUCCCCUGCCUCCCAAACCCAAGGUUGCAGCCAUCGCCCCCAUGAAGUCCCCCGACGCCGACCCGGCCGAGCCAGCCUGCGGAGUCAGCCGGAGACCCUCCCUCCAGCGGUCGAAGUCGGACUUGAGUGACAGGUACUUCCGCGUGGACGCAGACGUGGAGAGGUUCUUCAACUACUGCGGACUGGACCCCGAGGAGCUGGAAAACCUGGGCAUGGAGAACUUUGCCAGGGCUAAUUCUGACAUCAUAUCCCUCAACUUCCGCAGUGCAAGCAUGAUCAGCUCGGACUGUGAACAGUCGCAGGACAGUAACAGUGACCUUAGAAACGAGGACAGUGCCAACGACCGGGUGCCAUACGGCAUUUCUGCGAUCGAAAGGAAUGCCAGGAUCAUCAAGUGGUUAUAUAGCAUCAAACAAGCUAGAGAGUCCCAGAAGGUCUCCCACGUGUAAGAGACAGUGCGCGUGUGCGAAGGAGGGAGGGGGUGGGUCUCUUGUCUGUGCAUCCGCCGUUGUGAAGGUCGUGAGGUCUCCUUGAAGUGUUGUGAGCUUCUCCGCUCUCUUUGUGUUGCUUGUUGUGCAAUGUUUUCAAGUUGCAUGCCUGUCAACAUGGGGACUGACCUGGCGUCCCGGUCAACCAUCGCUGCAGAGCCUGGCUGAACACACGUCACCUGCCAAAAAGUUUCAGGCCGGAAUCGGAUUAGGGCUUUGAUCUCAAGCAAAACUGUUUACACCCGAAAACGGUAUACAACUUCUUCAAUAUUUAUGUGGUUCUUGUGUUUUAUAUCCCGCGCUAUUGUGUCUUAAUUAAAAGUUUUAUCAACUGGC